CUGAGCCGAGAUGGGGAGCAAAGCCCUGCACGCUCCGAUCCCCCUGCACCCGGCCCUCCAGCUCACAAACUACUCCUUCCUGCAGGCCGUCAACACUUUCCCCGCUGACCAGCUGCAGGGACUGUACGGCCUCAGCGCGGUGCAAACCAUGCACAUGAACCACUGGACUCUUGGCUACCCGCACAUCCAAGGACUGAGGUCGACAAUCACAGAGAUGGCAGCCGCCCAGGGCUUGAUGGACCCCAGGAUUCCCUUCCCAGCGUUACCCUUUACAGCCGCAGCUCAGCUCUUCCAUCCAAAACAAGCCGCCGUUGCGCACGGCAUCCCCUCGCUGCACAAGGACAGGCCGAGAUUUGACUUCGCCAACCUGGCCCUCGCCGCCACUCAGGAGGACCCGCCGAAAGCUGCGGAUCUGGCGAAGCUGGCAUCGGGACUAGGGGGAACCAUCUCCGAGCUGAGCAAGCUGUCCCCGGACAGAAAACCCACCCGGGGCAGGCUCCCCUCCAAGACUAAAAAGGAAUUUAUUUGCAAGUUCUGCGGCAGGCAUUUCACCAAGUCAUAUAAUCUCCUCAUCCACGAGAGGACCCACACAGACGAGCGGCCGUAUACCUGUGACAUUUGCCACAAGGCCUUCAGAAGACAAGACCAUCUCAGAGACCACAGAUACAUCCACUCCAAGGAAAAACCAUUCAAAUGUCAAGAAUGUGGGAAGGGAUUCUGUCAGUCUCGAACUCUAGCCGUCCAUAAAACCUUACACAUGCAGGAGUCUCCCCACAAAUGCCCCACAUGCGGAAGAACCUUUAAUCAAAGAAGUAACCUGAAAACUCACCUUCUCACCCAUACAGACAUCAAGCCCUACAGCUGUGGCCGCUGCGGAAAGGUGUUUCGGCGCAACUGUGACUUGCGACGGCACAGUUUGACGCACAGCCCACAUCAGGACUACUAGCCUGGACAGACUAACAAAAUAACAAAAGGACAAAACACAGGAAGACAAG